AAGUUCUACUAUGUGACAAAUAAUCUGGAACUGUAUGUGUUGGAUUUGGUUUCUGCACAAACAGUAAGUCUAAAACUCAUCUUACAAGUAAAGAGUUUGAGGAAUAUGCCCAUUAACAAAUGUGUAGGAUCCACAUUCAACCUGAUUCGGAAAAGAAACUGUGGUUUUGUAUGUUGCAUGUUGCACAUUUAUGCGAACAUGUAGGCGUCAUGUUACAUCUAUCAUACAUUUUACUUAACUUUAGAAUGAAAGUAUUGCUAAACAGAAUCAAACAUCCUCAAAUUCAGUUUCAAAUUUGUGCGAGUUAUCCUGAACCUGGCGAAGCGAACUUCUCCGCCAGUUGUUUCCUGACUGCUAUCUGUCUCGUUCCAUUCGAGUUUCAUGUAGUAUGCCACAUGCUGUAAUUCGUGAAUCAGAAUUAUCUUAUCAUACAUAAAUUUAUUUAUAAGUAAAUAACCUUCAUAGCAGUUGUAUGUUGGUUCUAAU